AUGGAGGCUACAGAGACUACAAGUGAAGAAAAUUCAGUUUCUCAAAAUGAACAAGGUUUCUGGGAAACUGUGACAGGCCGUAAGCAUCGUUCUGAUGUGGAGAGAGACCCACGAAAACUAAAGAGAACCACUACUGCAGCACCUACAUCAACACACAACAGGUGGCUACGAACAAUCUCAGUAAUCCUGUUUUUAAACAAGCAGGACUUACUUGCCGAAAAAAUCAAGGCUGGUAAGUCUCGGUUGGAGGAUUAUUUUGAGGAAUUUGCUGGCUAUCAGACACCAGGAGAUGCGGCUCCUCCAUCGUCAGCUGAGGACCCAUCUGUAGUCAGGGCUAAGUACUUCAUACGUGAUGAAUUCCUGAGGAUCUCCACAGCGUCAGGAGAUGGUAAGCAUUACUGCUAUCCUCAUUUCACCUGUGCAGUUGACACAGAGAACAUAAGGCGUGUCUUCAAUGACUGCCGUGAUAUAAUCCAGCGGAUGCACCUUCGGCAAGUACUCCACAAAGCGCAGCGGAAUUACUCAGCAUAUGACCGCGAGCUUUUGGCCAACUACCAGAAGACGGAAAUCUCCACUCCUAUGCGAAUUAGGUGGAGGAAUUUCACCAGCCUAUUCUCUACAGAUAUUCCUUACGUAGCAGGAAUGAAGAAUAAUGAUGCCGACGCGUUAUCAAUAGUGGAAAAAUCGACGCUCCUGAUGGAAUGGCAGUCUUAA